GGAAGUGGAUUGGUUCCGUGUCGAAGCAGGAGGAAGAAGAGAGAGAGAGAGAGAGGGGGGAGGAGAAUUCGAUUCCGAUUUCUAGGGUUUGCUUGCUCCUCGACAUCGCCUCCUCCCCAUCGGCCGGCUAGGUUUUGCUAAGCUAUGAUCCCCAAACCUCCCAUCCUCGUCGUCCUCUGAAUCUGCUUCGCGAUCGAAUUUGGAUUCGAUUGGGGGAGCCAAUCUACCACACCCGCCGCGCGCCGACAUACUAUGGUUCACGCCCGCCGCCGCCCAUCGCCACCGCCGUCGUCCUCCUCGCCGAUGCUCCACAAGAACCUCCGCGCGCUCGGCCCCGGCUUGAAUCCCUUCGCUCCUUUCGGCAUGGGCAACUACUCCCUCGCUUCCUCCUCCCGCUAAUCCUCUCCUCGAAUCCUCUCCUCCGCUUCCGAUCUCUCUCCCGAUUGCUGCUGCUGCUGCUGGUAAAUUCGAUCCCGGCUGCUUCCUCGCUCGCGAAGCCGCAACCAUCCUUCCUCCCGUCCGCUUCCUUGCUCCAUCGGUUUGGAUCUGAGAGCCAGCCCUACAAGACUAGCAUGGUGCUGCAGGUGCGCAGGUCGCUCAGCAUGAGCCGCCCCCGGAGCUGCCCCGCCGCUGAUGACCGUGGCUGGAAUCAGCUCCAUGUUGCCGCUCGCAAGGGAGACCUCAAGGAGGUCCGACGUCUCCUGGAUGAGGGGAUGGAUGUCAAUGCACCUGCAUGGGGACCUAAAUCUCCUGGUGCUACAGCACUCCAUCUGGCUGCUCAGGGCGGGCAUGUUAAAAUCAUGGAUGAACUGCUGGAGCGUGGUGCAAAUAUUGAUGCUCGAACAAAAGGAGCCUGCGGCUGGACCCCUCUACACAUUGCUGCCAAGGAAAGGAACAAGAAAGCGGUGAGAUUCCUGAUUGAGAAUGGCGCAUUCCUGCCUCCUGAGAUGAAUGACCACAGGUUCAAUCCUCCCCUCCACUACUGCUCUGGAUUAGAAUGGGCGUAUGAGAUGAAGCGCAUGCAAGACGAGAGCGACUCACCUGGCGAGACUUCCUUGAGCUCAGACAGCUAGAGGGAAAGCAAGCAGGUGCACUGCGAAGAGGAUGCAGUUUGAGAAGGCGGACAAGUUACUUUCAGAAAACAAAGACGGACAAGUUACAUCAGGUUGUGUGGUUAUUCUAGAAUUGUAUGCGCAUCAUCAUUGCGCUGCUUGGUGUCCAGGAGUUGGCACGUACUAUGCAUGUAGUCUGGUGUUUUGAGUGAUUGUUGUCGGAUACGUACUCUGCUGCAAGUGUCCUGGGUACUUUGUUAUUGCACUGUAUUCUUGUGCAUUUGUACCGGUAUCAUAUCUUGGGAUACGUGUUUUAACAUCUGAUUUGGCCAUCUGGGUAAUCAUAGUUUUUUUUUU